AUGGCGACGGCGAUGGUGAAGGAGAAGGCGGCGGAGAAAGGGAAGGAGAGGGAGAAGGAGAAGGAGGAGAAGGAGAAGGAGAAGGAGGAGGAGGAGGAGGAGGAGGAGAAGAAGGAGAAGGAGAAGGAGGACAAGAAGGAGAAUGAGAAGGAGGAGGAGGACAAGGAGAAGGAGAAGGAGGAGGAGAAGGAGGAGGAGGUGGAGGAGGCGGAGGUGGAGGAGGAGGAGGAGGCGGCGACGGAGGAGGAGAAGGUGAAGGUGAAAGAAUGGAAGGGUCAUGGCAUCCUCCACGACACCACGGACGACAAGCAAGGGUGGGUGGGCGAGAUUAAGGUGGUCGGGAACGAGAGUAGAUACAUCGGCAAGUCCCGCGAGAAGAUGGAGCUGGCUUACCUUCACUCGAUUGUGUACCUCCUCUACGACGGUUACGUCAGCAAGAUCCUCAUGGCCGAGCUCAUCGGCUUGGAGGAAACAGUGAUGAAGCAGUCGAGGGCGGUGUGGGAGGAGGUCCGGUUCUCACGGGGCGCGUUCCUCCCAAAGACACGGUUCGAUGAUAUCCUCGGGAAGUAUCGAGCGUACAAGACAUCAGGCGAUGCGCACCAUGACGCGCUUUUGCCCGCGAUCUGGUUCCCCGUCGAUGCCGACACGAAGGAAGGGAAGCAGAAGUCGGAUGCAAUGAUGUCGGCCAUGAUUGAGCGCGUGUCCUUGUGCGCUGCGUAUGGGAAGGUCGCUGCAUCCGCGGCGAGAAAGGAGGGCGACACGGAUCAGACGACGGCGAAGGUCGCACAGGCGCUAUCGGCCUCCGCUUGCGCCCUGUGGUGCUUAGUCGAGGGCGACGGCGCCCAGGUGGCUGAUGCCGUGCGCGAAGGGAAGGCAGCGGCGAUGGUGGUCGCCGCGAGCGAGACUACCGCUGCCGAGUUCAAGAAGGUCAUGACGGCGGUGCUGGAGGCCGCGAUCAGCAGGCAGCAACCCCUCGGGGAGGUUGCGCACAACGUUGCACCGGCGCUGGAGUCCACGGCUCUGGCUAAAGCCUAUCCGGGGUUGGAUGUUGAAGCCGAGGCCAAAGUGAUUGCACGAGCGACGGUGGAAACCCUCGCGUUCUGGGGAAUGUGCCCCGUGGAUGGGCCGAAACUCAAGAAGAUCGGCAUCGCGGUGCCGCUUGACGCGCAGAUGGAGUACGAUAUCAAACACAGGGGGAGGAAGAGGCAGAGGGGCAAGCAGGGCAAGGACAGCUCGGGGAAGAAGGGGAAGAAGGGCAGAGCGGGCAAGGACAGCACGGCGGCGUAG